GCCAGCGAGCUCGGUCCCUUGUUCCUCCUCCUCGCCGCCGACCACCUGCCCCUGCUCCUUGCUCUUGCUCUUGCUGUCAGCCUCCACGGCGCCUUACACUCUUUCGCAACACACACUCGUUUUUAAACAAUCUCCGCCGUCGAGCAGCUUUAGCCUUGUCCGCUUCUAGCUCGUCGCAAAUCACACUUUGCAUCUGAUUCCGGAAUUUUCGUCGUCGCCUUCGUCUAUACAUACAUACCCCGCCUUUUAUUCUUAGCUAGCUAUGCCCAGAGGUCCGCGUGCGCACCGCCUCCCCCAGCGUCUCGACUACGCCCUUAUCCCUGCGCCGCUCGAUCUCUCGCUGCCCGAAGCGUCGGAGAAGCACCCGUUGCCGGCAAUCAUCGUUACGCCCUCUUCGCCCACGCACGAGCACGACUUUGGAAUCGCCUUCCUCGCGCCGGAGAAGCAGCCCUCCCUGCGCGAGCGCGUCGUCACCUUCGCCAAAACCCACUCGCCGACGCUCGAAAAUUUCCAGCUUCCCUCACCACCGACCUCUCCUCUAACCUAUCUCUCCCUCCGCCCGAACCGGCCCCGUUUCGCGCUCGGCCCGAGCAGCAAGACCUUCGGCCUGCGCACGCUCUUCCUCCCUCUCCUCACCCUCUUCGUCCUAGCCGCGCACCUCCUCACGCAUCGGCUCGCCGCGCGCGCGUCCCACCCUCACCUCGACUUCCACGCGACCUUGCACCUCAACUCGGGUCUUGACAAAGGUGAAAAACGUCGUCUCCCUCGCCUCGAACACUUGCAAUAAGAAGUUGUACUGAUGCGCGCGUUGUAUCGUGAUGCACAGACGCCGCGCCGCUGAACCUGGUGGAAAUCGGUGCCGUCGCCGCGGACGGCACGGCCAGCUCGACGACGAACUGGCUUGGCGCGAUCGAUUGGAUCUGGACCGAGCGCGAGGAAGAAGCGCUCGACGAGAGAGAGGGCGGGUUCGUCGUCAGCGCGUGACGAUGCAGGGACCCGGUCUCCGGUUGUUGAAGCUGGACCCCGGGAAGUUCGGAGGAGGGGGUUGCCAGAGUGGAUGGGGAGACGAUGGAUGGCGGAAGACGAACUCGGGAGGAAGAUGCGAUUCACGAACAAACCAACAUUCUAUAUUUAUACGGCGCGGAUGGUCCCGGCGACGUCUUCUUCCAGAGGUCGUCGUCAGCGUUUACGCAGCUCACGAUCAUUCUAUGUAGACGCGCCCGCGCCUUGUCAUGUUGUGCACACAGGAUGGAUACUAUUUUUUCGCUGGGUUCACAGACCCAUCCGAGUGACAGGCUGUUGAUAUAAGCACCGUACGAUGUCC